AUGGCUCUCCUUUGGGUCCUCUUCUACCUUGUCUUUCUCAGAGCAGCCUCCGGCUGCGGAGUUUCUGCUAUUCCUCCAGUCAUUACUGGUUAUUCCAGGAUUGUGGAUGGUGAGGAGGCAGCGCCUCAUUCCUGGCCCUGGCAAGUGUCUAUACAGCUGAUUGUGGUUAUAACUGGUUUCCAUUUCUGCGCCGGCUCCCUGAUCAACAAAUGGUGGCUUGUUUCUGCUGCUCACUGCAAUGUCAGGACCUCCCAUCGUGUAGCCCUGGGAGUGCAUGAUCAUUCUUCCUUUGCUGGGUCUUUUCAGAUCAUAAGGAUUUCCAAGGUUUAUACACAUCCUCUAUUCAGCCUCUUCACCAACAAUUACGAUAUUGUUCUGAUCCAGCUUACCUUUCCCGCCCAGCACAAUUUCCCUGGUGGCAUGAUGUGUGUGACCUCUGGAUGGGUUCUGACCCAGUUCAAUGCUGCUUCCACCCCUGCUGUUCUUCAGCAGGCAUCUCUUCCUCUUCUGACUAAUGAUGAGUGCAAGCGCCACUGGGGCAGUAAAAUCACUGAUUUAAUGAUUUGUGCUAAAGCUAAUGGUGUCUCUUCCUGCAUGGGUGACUCUGGUGGACCUCUCGUCUGUCAAAAGGGCAAUGCUUGGACUCUAGUUAGUAUCGUGUCCUGGGGCAGCAGUGUGUGUACCACGUCCAUGCCUGCAGUCUACGCCCGUGUCACGGCACUCCACCCUUGGAUGGAUGGGAUCAUAGCAGAUAACUAA